UGUUAUUCAUUUCGUUCAAACGGGCGGGAGCGUGCACCGGUUGACGUUUGACGUUCCCAGUUGAAACCUGUAAAUUGUGUGUCUUGGUCUUGGAGACUGGAGAUUUCGCUAUUUGUUUUGAGAUUAUCUGUUUUCUAGCGUUGUAUGCGCCGCUAGCAGUUGCAAGAUGGAUGACGCCAUCAGUGUGGCCCUGAGGGUGCGCCCCCUCUCAGCUAGUGAGCUGAGCAGAGGGUGCCAGUCAUGCAUCGACUGUAUACCCAAUGAGCCUCAGGUGGUGAUGAGAAACGCAGACAAGGCUUUUACUUUUAACUAUGUGUUCAGUCCUGAGUCCAGCCAGGCUGAGGUGUAUGACAAUGCUGUAAAGAAUUUAGUGCCCAAGUUAUUCAAGGGCUACAAUGUGACUAUCCUAGCUUAUGGUCAAACGGGGUCUGGUAAGACUCACUCAAUGGGAACGUGUUACAAUGGUGAAGGUGAAAUGGGUAUCAUUCCCAGAGCAGUGAGCGACAUAUUUGAAAAGAUCGCACAUUCCCAUGAUCAAGAUUUUAAAGUAUCAGCAUCUUUUAUGGAGCUCUACAAAGAACAGUUAUUUGACUUGAUGGCAUGUAGCACUAAACCAAGGGACCAAUGCAUUGUGGACAUACGAGAAGAUGCCAGAGGAAUUCACAUCCCAGGACUCGUUGACUUGGAAGUGAAGAGUGUUGAGGAGACAUUCAAGAGUCUUAUGAUGGGCUCUGCUGGCCGUGCUACUGGUGCUACAGCAAUGAAUGCACAGUCCUCCAGGAGCCAUGCUAUUUUCACACUUACCAUACAAAUGUGUAAGAAAAACAAUGGUGGUGGUGACAUGGUUUCUAAGUUUCAUCUAGUAGACUUAGCUGGAUCUGAGAGGUCCAAAAAGACUGGUGCCACUGGGGAGCGAUUUAAAGAAGGUGUUAAUAUUAAUAAGGGCUUGUUGGCUUUGGGGAAUGUGAUAUCUGCUUUGGGUGAUGGACAGCAGAGAGGCUAUGUUUCAUAUCGAGACAGCAAACUUACCAGGCUCUUGCAAGAUUCUCUGGGUGGCAAUUCCAUCACCUUGAUGGUGGCAUGUGUCAGUCCUGCUGAUUAUAAUUUUGAAGAAACUUUGAGUACACUUAGGUAUGCCGACAGAGCUCGUCACAUCAAAAACAAGCCUAUAAUAAACCAGGAUCCGAAAGCAGCCGAAAUACUCCGCCUUCAAAAAGAGAACAAUGAGCUUCGCCUUCAAAUUCUGGGAAGUGGUGGUAAGAUAGGCACUUGUCCCAAGGAGCAUGAAGACCUAGCUGAUGAGAAUGACACACUCAAAGCCAAAAAUCGUAAGCUUACAGAGGCUUUGAACAAUGCGCUAAGUGAAACGACCAAUCUUAUGGAACGAGCUCUUUUGGCUGAAUUGGCACGUGACAGAAUGAACAUGAAACUGAAAGAACUGAAUGCUCAAUGUAAUAUGACCAUUGAUCAAUUUGACCAAUCCAAGGAGAAUUCCCCCUCAACUCGAGGAAACCUAGCUGGACUGAAAACUAUCCAGUCAAAAAUUGUAGAGCUACAGGCAGAACAACAACAUGGAGAGGAUGAAAUUAAGAAACAUGAACUGUCAGAACUUUCAGCCUGCAAGGGUGGCUCUCAGGCUACUGAUAGUACUGCUGUUAGUGGUAGCAUGACAAGUAAUUUCACUCCUCAGUCGAUAGCAGAAUUUGACCAGCAGGAAGAAACUCACACUCUUCAACAGGCUGAACUGAACAAAGAACUUCAGGAAUUGACCAGAGCCUUAGCCAUUAAGGAACAACUUGCUGCUACUCUUCUUGCCAACUCAAGUGAUAUUUCCACAUUAAACCCAGAAAACCAGGAAAAUAUGAAACAAUUAGAAAAUCAGAUAGAUGCUCUUCAGAAAGAACGUGAUGCACUUCAACAGCAGUUAAAAUCAGCUCAGUCUAACAAUGCAUCUGGGAAGAUUGCAGAGCAACGCCGCAAACGCCUUCAAGAAUUGGAAGCUCAAAUGUCUUUGCUUAAGAAGAAACUUCUAGAGCAAUCAAAAAUUAUUAAAAUGAAAGAGAAGUCAGAUGAAAAAGUUGUGGUCUUAAACAAUGAGAUCAAGUCGAUGAAAGCCAUGAAAGUUCGACUUAUUCGUCAGAUGAAAAGUGAAAGUGAACAGUUCAGAGAUUGGAAAUUGCAACGUGAGAAAGAGCUUAACAAACUGCGUGACCAAGACCGAAAGCGUCAGAACAUUAUGACACGCAUGGAGAACAUGCAUUCUAAGCAACAGAAUGUCUUAAAGAGAAAGGUUGAAGAAGCAGCAGCUAUUAACAAGAGGUUGAAAGAUGCAUUACUAUUGCAAAAACAAUGCCAAGAAAAACGUCUUCAUGUCAAUGGGAAGCCUGAGAGAAUUCAGGGAUGGGUAUCUCAAGAACUGGAAGUUUCUGCAAGCACAGUUGCUGCUGAGCGAGUGCGAGAAAAACUUGUGGAAGAUCGUGCCAUCAUCUCAAAACAACUUACAUCCUUAGAGGAGAAUUUGAAGACUGCUUUGCCCUCUGAGGUGGAAAGUAUGAAACAAGAAAUUAGCCGCUUAAAAGAAGACCUUGGGUUACGCAGUGCUCAAAUUGCAGAUAUCAACCAGAAAAUACUUGAUUCGGAUCAGGAAAACAAAUCAAAGACUAGAUGGGACUCACUUCAAUCAAUGGGGGAUGCAAAGCAUGCUUUGAAGCAUCUCUUUGAUCUAGCAGUUGAUAUUAAGAAAGAUGGAGCCAUGAAAGAAUACACAAUUGAAGAUCUAGAGGAAAAUUGUAAAAAAUUGAAUGCAGAGGUAAAAAUAGUAGAGGAAAAACUCAAAGCUGCUGAACAAAACCAUAGAAGUGUGGUCUUAGAACUAGAGAAAGAGAAUGUUGAAAAGAUCGCUGUCUUGCUGAAAAAGUUACGAAAAGCAGAAGAGAAUGCUUCCGUCCCUGUCGAAGGUGAAUCUGAAUUAAAGAAAAAAUAUGAUUUGCUAAGAGAAGAAAAUGAAAAACUUUGUAGCAUUAUUGAUGAUAUUGAAAGACUGAAGGAAUCUUCAGUCUCAAAUGAAAAGGAUGGGGAUUUAGAAAGUGAUAAAGAGAAUUCUGAAGCUGACAACUUUAAAUCACCUAAUGUUCUAAAAAAGAGAAGAAUUAAAAAGCCCCUGAAUCAGACAUGGGUUGAAGAUUUGGAAGCUAUUGAUUCAUCUUUUGCAUCUGAUGUGGAAAUUGAUGAUUCAUAUAAGGACCCUGACUACCGUCAAACACCUUUAUUUAAACGCCUCCAAAAGGCCAAACUACAUAGUAAAACAUCCAUAUUAGAUGAGUCGGUACCAAAGAAGCUAAAUUUUGCCACUAACAAAAAGUCAGUGUUUGACAACAGUGCUAUCAGAAAAAUUUCUGGAUCUGACGGCGAUUUGGAGCAAAAACUUCCUGUCAAACGUACCUCUGAUGGGUCCUCAACCUGCAAAUGUACAGGAACAUGUGGUGGAAGAUGUGGUUGCCGCAAAUUGGGUUCUUCUUGUAGUAACAGUUGCCGAUGCUCAAAGGAUCUGUGCACUAAUCAAAGCAAAGAAAAAUCUCCAGAAAGUGAUGAAAGUGAAUCAGAAAUUUCACACAAAAGGCCAAGAAAUGAAACAUUCACGGCCGAUAAUAGUUCACCACAAUUGGUUAAGCCUUCUGGGUCAGGGGAAAGAAAGUAUUUUCCUGAAGCUAAAUUUUAAUUCCAUUGUCUCUAUGUGAUAUUUUAGAUCAAAUUUGUUAAUCCUGUUUAGCUGUGAAAAGGUUCUGAUUUUAUUUUGUGCUAAUUCACAACUAGAAUCAACAUAAUCUUCAUCCUGUACCAUACUUAUUUUAUCAUAAAUUGGCUUCCAUCAAUUUUUAUUUUUUUAUGACCAAUGUUUAUCUUUGAUUUGUACAUUGUGUAUAGUAUAAUGCAUGUACUCACUUGUACAUUUUAUUAUUAUUACCAUCAUCACUGUAAUUAAAGCUUAUUAGUAAA